UUUAGCAAGUGGAAUAUCCUGUGAAAGCAAAUGUUGCACUCAAAUAUUUACUACAACAGCUCAAUAUAGGGGGAAUGUUGUAAGAAUAAAAGAAUUGAAGUUUUCGAAAAAAAAGGAUAUCCCCCGGGAGGUGAUGAAAGAAAUGCGUCUACUACGUGAGUUGCGGCAUGAUAACCUCAACUCGUUCAUCGGCGCCGUCGUUGAGCCAUUGCGUGUGUUGCUCAUCACCGACUACUGUGCCAAAGGAAGUUUGUAUGAUAUAAUUGAAAAUGAGGAUAUAAAGUUAGAUCAAAUGUUUAUAUCUUCGCUUGUACAUGAUCUCAUUAAGGGUAUGAUUUUUAUUCAUACAUCGCCAUUAAUUUAUCACGGAAAUCUCAAAUCCUCGAAUUGUGUGGUAACAUCGCGGUGGAUGCUUCAGGUUACCGAUUUUGGUCUCCACGAUUUAAGAUGUUGUGCUGAAAAUGAUUUUAUAGGGGAGCAUCAAUACUAUAGAGGUUUACUAUGGAAGUCACCUGAGCUCCUAAGGCAGCUAGAUGAUCCCAACGGAUUUGUUGGGGGAACGCAGAAAGGCGAUAUUUAUGCGUUCGGUAUCAUACUCUACGAAAUUAUAGCCAGACGCGGACCUUUCGGUUUGGCCACUGAACCCAAAGACAUAGUGGAGAGAGUUAAGCGCGGUGCUCGCGCGGGGGCCGAGAGUGAGGAACUCCUGCGGCCCGACAUCCGCGCACUAGAGGGCGUGGUGGACGAGUACGCACUGAGUGUCAUGCGUGAUUGCUGGGCUGAGGACCCCGCGGUGCGGCCCGACUUCCCCACCAUACGCAGCAGGCUAAAGAAGUUGAAGUCCGGCAAGUCAAGAAAUAUUAUGGACCAAAUGAUGGAUAUGAUGGAGAAAUACGCUAAUAAUUUAGAAGAACUAGUCACCGAGAGAACUAGGCUGUUAAUCGAAGAGAAACAGAAGACGGAAGAUUUACUACAUAGAAUGCUACCGAAGUCAGUUGCUCGAAGGUUGACGACCGGGGAGGGUGUGGAGCCGGAAUCGUUCGACUCUGUAACGAUCUACUUCAGCGAUAUUGUUGGCUUCACGGCUAUGUCCGCGGAAAGCACGCCGUUGCAAGUGGUCAACUUUCUUAACGAUCUGUACACUGUCUUCGAUAGGAUAAUAAGGGGCUAUGACGUGUACAAAGUAGAGACUAUCGGUGAUGCAUAUAUGGUGGUAUCCGGCCUACCAAUAAGGAACAACGACAGGCACGUUGGCGAAAUAGCGUCGAUGGCGCUGGAACUGCUAAACGCUGUCAAGAGUCACAAAAUAUCUCACAGGCCUAAUGAGAUACUGAAACUAAGGAUAGGAAUUCACACAGGGGCGGUGGUCGCGGGAGUGGUAGGUCUCACGAUGCCGCGUUACUGUCUGUUCGGCGAUACCGUGAACACCGCGUCACGAAUGGAAUCCAACGGGGAACCACUGCGGAUCCAUAUUUCGCCUAGUUGUAAACAGGCGUUGGAUAAGCUGGGCGGAUACGUCGUUGAACCCCGAGGCACCAUUCCGAUCAAGGGAAAGGGCCAGCUUCAAACAUAUUGGCUGGUUGGUGCGACUGAGAAAGCGAUACAAAAAAGGCCGGUAGAGGGAGAGGAGCGGCCACUAUUCUGUCGGCCGCGACGAAGUCCCAGAUUGACUGAUUCCAGACAUCCAUCAAUCUCAGAGCUGAAGAGCGAGGGCCGCUCGGGCAGCGGUAGCGGCGGUAUCCGGCAGCGCCUUCACAGCGGUGCCUCACUGCCCGCGCCCGCAUCGCCAUUGGCCCGCCGCGCCCCGCAUGUUACACACACCAGACGUGCGCUGAGCUCGAUUGCGUCGUCAACGGCGUGCGAGGGCAUGGGCGGCGGCGUGGGCUCGUGCAUGGGCGCAGGCAUGGGCGAGUGCGCGGGCGUGGGCGAUGCGGAGUGUUGCGCGCUGCGGCCCGCGCGCUCGUUGGACACGCUGGGUGCGCGCGCUCGCCUACGUCGCCAGAACACGACGCGCUCGCUGGACGCGGACGUGGUCAUCGCCACCGUCUCGUCCACGCUGUUCAACGGCACUGCGCUGUCACCGCCCGACGACCCGCCGCGCAACGACGAAGACAGCCCGCUGCUGCGCAAGGCGAGCCUCUGCAACAAGCUCGACCGCCCCAAGCGCAAAGUGCCCGACUCAGACUACAUUGAGUUCUACAAGAAGUGGCGCUCGCUGGAGAACGUCGCGGACGCUAAGGGCGGCGCCAAGAUGCCGCGGUUCGCGAUCCGCUCGUGGUUGCUCGGCAUCUUCGGCGGUAGCGCGCGUAGCACUUCGUCGUCGCUGCGCCGUGCACCGCACUUGCUCGACCGCGAGUCCGCUGUGUGAAGGCCCUGCGCCCGUGUGUUUUGCGAUAACGUCGCUUAGCUAACAAUACAGCGCAACUGAAAUCACCAAGGCCUUCAGGACUCACAAAAAAACACUCAUCAUAUCGUGCUUACUUAGUCUAACGGACCAACAAUUAAUAAAUUGUACUUUAUCAAGUUUAUUUUUUCGUAUUUUCGCAGAUAAAUGUGUUGAUACAUUGAAAUUUACCAUAAUACCUAUAUUAAAUUUCAAUUUUGAUUGAAACAGCAUAGAAAUAGGACUUUUACUGUAAAAUUUGUGUUUUGUUAUUUAUGCUAAGUUAUUGGUAUUGCUGAGAUUAUACAGAAAUCUAAUCCAUACUAAUUUUAUAAAUGUAAAAGUGUGUGUGCUGUUUAUUUGUUACGUUCAUUUGUUAAGUUUGGCAGCUUGAAUCCUGGAGACGGAGACAUAGGACUUUUAUCCCGGGCUAAUAAAGCGUCCUAUGGGAUUCCUAAUAAUAUUUAUUUUGUCGUAUAUUUUAACUAUUCUUGGCUGAACAAAUCAUAACAUAAAGAGACUUUUAAAUUUGGGAAAUAACGGUUGGGCUACAUACUACGAUAUAUGCAGGCGCAGAAGCGGGCACUUCCAUUAGGUAAUAAACCCAUCAAUAUUAUAAUAUAAGAAAACCGUUUAAUUACACACAGGCUCAUUAUAUGACUUUUUCAUGUAAUGACAAGAGAGCGGUUUAUUGUAUCUCCUAAAAAUUAUGCUAGUUUGACUUACGCGGUAUUGUAAGCUAAGCGUCGAUAUAUGUAUAUGAAAUGCUCUUGUAAAUAAUAAGUGUAAGUAAAACGAUGUUACCGUCAAUUGUGAAAUAAGAGUUUAAUGUUAUUAAAUAAUUUCUAUUGAA